AUGAGAGCCAUGAAGCUGUAUUUGUUUCUGGCUGCGCUGGUAGCUAUGUCGACCGCCGCCGAAUACAAGAAGAUCGACCAAGAGACCCAAGGUAACUACGGCCAGGGCUACUAUGGCAACAGCCGCUACGGACGCGCUUACGGGCGCAGCUUGAACGGCUACGGAAACUACGGACUGGGAUAUAGCGGAUAUGGUGGCUACUACGGCAACAGCGGCCUCGGUGGCUAUGGUGCAUACGGUCGUUCGUCAGCAGCCUACGGAGGCUUCGGCGGCUACGACCGGGCCCUGUACAACGGUAACUACGGCCAGGCCUACUGCGGCAACAGCCGCUACGGUCGUGGCUACGGGCGACGCUUGAACAGCUACGGAAACUACGGACUGGGAUAUAACGGAUGCGGUGGCUACUACGGCAACAUCGGCCUCGGUGGCUAUGGUGGAUACGGUCGUUCGAGCGGCGUCGUCAGACGGGCUCGCAGCUUCGGCGGCUACGACAACCGGGCCUUGUACAAAGGUAACUACGGCCAGGGCUAUUACGGCAACAGCCGCUACGGUCGUGGUUACGGGCGCAGCUUGAACGGCUACGGAAAUUACGGACUUGGAUAUAACGGAUACGAUGGCUACUACGGCAACAGCGGCCUCGGCGGCUAUGGUGGAUACGGCCGCUCGUCAGGAGCCUACGGAGGGAACAGCUUCCGCAGAGGCCGCAGCUUCGGCGGCUACGGCAACCGGGCCCUCGGCUACAACGGCAACUACGGCCAGAACUACAACAGCCGCUCCGGACGCGAUACCCCUGUCUUCUGCCGUGACGGGACGCCGCCCACCGGGACGCGGCCCCCAGGACAGCCGUGGCGCCUCACCACGUGCCGGGUCAACGGUGCCCUUGGUGUGGCUGCUGCUCGCAAGACGGUGUGCGCGUAG